AUGGCAGACGAAUCGGAGCUCCGGCAGAGGAAGCCGCCCGCGGCCACCUGGACCAAGAUCGAGCCGGGCAAGAAGGACAAGACGGCGCAGGAGCUGGCCGACGAAGAGGAUGCGGCGACCAACCCCUGGCUCGACAUGCUGCGUCUCGCCGUCGGUCUGUUGAUCGCCUAUUGCGGCCUGAGUUACCUCGCCACCGGCGGCGAGACAUUCUCGAUGGGUUACGAGGUGCCCAUGAAGUACAUGCAGUUCGAUUGGCUCAAGAGCAAAUUCCAAAACCCCACCUUCAUGACCCCCGAGCAGCUCGCCGGGUUCGACGGCAGCGACGAGGCCAAGCCCAUCUACCUGGCCAUCAACGGCAGCGUCUUCGACGUCUCGAGCAACCGGCGCACCUACGGCCCGGGCGGCUCGUACCAGUACUUCGCCGGCGUCGAUGCCUCGCGCGCCUACGUCACGGGCUGCUUCGCCGAGGACCGCACGCCCGACCUGCGCGGCGUCGAGGACAUGUUCCUCCCACUCGACGACCCGGAGGUGGACGCGCACUUUACCGAGGCCGAGCUGGCCGAGAUGCGCGUCAGGGAGCUCGAGGAGGCCCGGCGGCAGGUCCACGAGGCUCUCAAGCACUGGGUCGACUUCUUCGGCAAGAGUAAGAAGUACAGGUACGUCGGCCGCGUCAGGCGCAAGCGCGGCUGGCUCGCGGGCCAGCCAAGGCGCGAGCUGUGCGCGCCGGCGCAGAAGGGGAGGUCCAAGAGGAAGAUUCCCGAGGGGAAGUGA